GGGACCCAGGAAGGAGAAUCGGUGGCGGCGGCUGCUCGGGGCCGGGGGCGGCGGGAGGGGAAGCGCGAAGCCGCCGCGGCGCCCCUCGCCCACCGGGAGCACAGCGGGGAGGGGAGGUGUGUGUGUGUUGGGGGAGAGACAGCGGAGCGUGGGCGCAGGGCGGUAGCACCCCGCUCCCCGCCGCCGUCCCCGGUCUCCCCCCCCCCCGCCGGCGCCGCCAUGUUCAAGAAGCUGAAGCAGAAGAUCAGCGAGGAGCAGGCGCCGCCGCGGCCCGCGGGGGGGCGCGCGGCCCCCCACCCGCCGCAGAGUCCUUCCAAGUCUUCUCCACCAACUGGCAACAGAAGCAGGACAUCUUCAUUUACAGAUCCGAAUGAUGAAGGCACCUUAACGCCAGACAAAGAGCUGCUAGCCGGGAUGAUAGCAGAACCCGCUUUUCUCUCUGAGUAUACUAUCUUUGCUUUGGAUCCCACCAAACAACCUAAGCCACAGAGUGGCAGUGUGAAUUUACCUAAACAUCCAGUUACCCAAUCUACAGAAAACAAUGGAAGUGAAGCAGCCUCCCCACAGUCGAGCGACACUCAGUCUUUCGCCCAGAGGCUUCAGCUCCGGGUUCCUUCGAUGGAGUCUCUGUUUCGAAGCCCAGUAAAAGAGUCCCUGUUCCGCUCUUCUUCUAAAGAGUCCCUGGUACGAACUUCUUCAAGAGAUUCGUUGAAUCGACUGGACUUGGAUGCAUCUGGUCCAACUUUUGAUCCACCUUCUGACAUUGAAAGCGAAACAGAAGAGUCUCUGGGAAACACGGACAGCCUCAGCAAAGAGCAGCUGUUGCAGCGGCUGCGUAGAAUGGAACGCAGUUUGGGCAACUACAGAGGAAAAUACGCGGAGCUAGUGUCUGCUUAUCAAAUUAUCCAGCGAGAAAAAAAAAAGCUACAGGGCAUUCUGAGUCAAAGCCAGGAUAAAGCACUCCGUAGAAUUGGAGAAUUGAGAGAGGAGCUCCAGAUGGAUCAGCAAGCUAAGAAACAUCUCCAGGAGGAAUUUGAUGCUUCCUUAGAAGAAAAGGAUCAACUUAUUAGUGUCCUGCAAACUCAGGUAUCGUUGCUGAAACAGAGGUUACAGAAUGGCCAAAUAGGUAUUGAAUUACCGGAUCCAAAUAUCCAAUCUGAAUCACAAGUUCAAAGUCCAACAAAAGAAAUCAGUGAAGAAAAUGUUACAGAACCAGGAAGCAAUGAGGGUAAUGAAGAUUCUGUUAAAACACUGGAAACUCUUAAUCAGAGGGUGAAGCGCCAAGAGAACCUGCUGCAGCGGUGUAAAGAGAUGAUCCGGUCACACAAAGAGCGCUCUGCCCAGCUAACCAACGAGAAAGAGGCACUUCAAGAACAGUUAGAAGAGAGACUUCAGGAGCUAGAGAAAAUGAAGGAGCUUCACAUGGCUGAGAAGACUAAAUUGAUUACUCAGCUGCGUGAUGCGAAGAAUUUAAUUGAGCAGCUAGAACAAGAUAAGGGCAUGGUAAUUGCAGAGACAAAGCGACAAAUGCAUGAAACAUUGGAAAUGAAGGAGGAGGAGAUUGCCCAGCUGCGUGCUCGGAUCAAGCAAAUAACUACAAAAGGCGAGGAAUUAAAAGAACAGAAAGAAAAAUCUGAAAAAGCUGCUUUUGAAGAGCUUGAGAAGGCUCUGAGUAUUGCCCAAAAGACAGAGGAAGCCCGGAAAAAAUUGCAGGCGGAAAUGGAUGAAAAAAUCAAAGCAGUAGAAAAGGCAAGUGAGGAAGAGAGGGUAAACCUUCAACAGGAGUUAACCAGAGUGAAACAAGAGGUGGUUGAGAUUAUGAAGAAGUCUUCAGAAGAUCGUGUUGCUGAACUAGAAAAAUUCCAUAAAAAAGAAAUGGCUACCAAAGAUCAGGAGCUAAAUGAGAGAUUACAGGCCCAAGAAAAGGAGUUCCAGGAGCAGAUGAAGGCAGCUCUUGAAAAAAGUCAAAGUGAGUGCUUAAAAACCCUGCAAGAACAAGAGCAACAGGAAGCCCUAGCCUUAGAAGAAUUAGAGCUACAGAAAACAGCAAUACAGUCAGAGUGUGAAAAGAAACUUCAGGAGAUGCAUCAAGAAGUAGAGACUUACAGAACUAGGAUUCUUGAAUUGGAAAGCACUCUUGCAAAGUAUUCACAAGAUGACAAAAAGCGAUCAGAAGAAUUAAGCACCUGGAUGGAGUCUGAAAAAACCCAGCACACUAAGGAAAUCAAUGAUAUGGUUGAAAAACACAAGGAAGAAUUAGAAGCUAUGAAAGAGCAGCAGGAAAAGCUUUGGACAGAAAAACUUCAAAUCCUAAAACAACAACAAGAAACUGAGAUAGAAAAAUUGAGAGAUAAACAAGAACAAGAAAUAGAUGCAAUACUGAAAGAGAAGGAAACAGUUUUCCGUACACAUAUAGAAGAGAUGAAUGAAAAAACAUUAGAAAAACUUGAUGUGAAACAAACAGAGCUAGAAGCACUGUCUUCUGAACUAUCAGAAGCACUAAAAAUACGCAGCGAUUUAGAGCAAGAGCUCUUGGAACUGAAAAGUAAAGUAGGUGAAGCAAAGCAAGAAUUGGAGACAAAGUUGGAAGAACAGAGGAACCAGCACAAGGAAGAAAUUGAAAUAAUGUUAAAAGAGCAUGCAAUUUCUAUUCAAGGAGUUGAGAAGGUACUCAAAGAAGAACUGAACCAACUCAAGCAAUCAUUGGAGGAGAAAGACAGACAUUUGGAGGAAGUAAAAGCACAUGAACAGAAACUAAAUGAAUCUGUGGAAAGAUCUGAAAGUGAACUUGUCCAAAUGUCUGCAAAGCUAGAGGAGCUCUCUCAGUCCCAUCAGAGUACCUCUAGUGAGCAGGCAAAGGCUUAUGAAGAGGAAUUAGCAAAGCUGCAGCAAAAACUGACAAGUUUGGAAGGUGAAAAAUUGCAACUUAAUGAGCAGAUAGUAAGAACUGAAUUUCAGCUGAAUGAAGUUAAGAAUGAAUUAGAAUCAUAUAUCUCUCAGGUACGUGACUUGAAGCAGCAUCUGCAAGAGCAAAGCAAUGAAAAUACGCAAAAAGUAAACUCUCUAACACAACAGUAUGAAUCUCAGUUGAGGGAUCUAGGAAAAGAGGCUGAUCAGAUAAAGAAAAGUCUGUCUGAGAAGGAAGAUGAAAUUGAACACAUGAAAAAGUUACAGAAUGAACAAGUGGAAGAGCUUAAUCAGAACUUGUCAGCCAAAGAGGAGAGAAUUAGUGCUUUACAGGGAGAAUAUGAAAAUAAAUUGAAACAUCAAGAAAACAAGAUGGAGAAAGUUAAGCAGAGAGCAAAAGAGAUGCAGGAAACUUUCAAGAAGAAACUUACUGAGCAGGAAGCUAAACUGAAAAAAGAACUUGAAAACAAGCAGUUGGAGUUCAGUCAGAAAGAGAGCGAGUUCAAUGCUAAAAUGUUGGAAAUGGCACAUGCCAGCUCAGCUGGAAUCAGUGAUGCUGUGUCAAAACUGGAAUCUAAUCAGAAAGAGCAAUUAGAAAGUCUUGCUAAGGCUCAUAGGAGUGAGUUAGAAGAAAUCACCCAGAUUUGGCAAAAGAAACUCAAUCAGCAGGUUGAAGAGCUCCAGGAAAAACAUGAAAUGGAACUACAGGAGAAAGAGCAGGAAGUUGAAGACCUGAAGCAGAAACUUGUCACCCUCAGUGCUGAGAAUGAGGGCUCCAGAACUGAAAUAACCCGACUGAAGGAAGAACAGACGAAGAAGGAUGAGUUCCUGAAUGAAGUGCAAGAACAAUUAAGGCAGUCAUUGGCUAAGGUGGAUGUUUUGUCAAAUAGUGAAAGUGACCUGAAAACACAGCUCAAAAAACUGGAAGGUGAUCUUAAUCAGUCCGAGAAAGACCACUCAGUACUUCAGGAGCAGCUUAACAGUCAGAAAGCAGUAGAGGAAAAAGACAAAGCUAAAAUUACUGAGCUUACAGAUAAGCUGAAAACACUUGAGGAGAAGAUCGAAACUAUGCAGUCUUCUCAGUGUAAAGAUCAUGAAAAUUAUGAGAAAAAAAUAGAGGGGAUUCAGUUGAAAGAAACCGAGUUUAAGAGGUUUUCAGGAGAACUUGUAGCACAAUUAGAUGCUUAUUGGAAGAAUGCUGAAGCUCUAUUACAAACAAAAAGCAAUGAAUUAAUUGAAAAAUGUAAUGAAAAAAUUGGCAGAGUAACAUGCAAAAUUGCAGAUUGUGAGCACCGAACCACAAAAAUUAAAGAAGCAGUAUUAAUUAAAAAGAGUAAGAUUCCCGAACUAGAAGCUCAGCUUAGAGAAGUAACAGAGCAUCAGUCUGCUAUAAGUAGUUCUUUACAAAAGUCAAUGCAACAGCUGCAAGAGAAAGACAAUUUAAUUAUGUCCAUGAGAGUUGACAUUGAAGAACUUGUAACAGAGAAGGAACAAUUGCAAAAAGAAGGAGGGCAUCAGCAGCAAGCAGCAUCAGAAAAAGAAACUUGCAUAACACAACUGAAGAAAGAGUUAUCAGAAAAUAUCAAUGCUGUCACCUCAAUGAAAGAGGAACUCCAGGAAAAAGAAUCUGAAAUUUCUUCUCUCAACAAAAUGGUUAAUGAUCUUAAUGUUAGACUUGAAAACAUGGUAAGUUUAACUGAGAAAGAAGCAGCUAUGUCUCUGUUACGUGAACAACAUCAAGAGGAUCAAUUACAGUUGUUAAAUCAGGUACAGGAGUUAUCGUCCAGAGUUGAGACACUGAGUCAAGAAAAAGCAUUGGCUCUCGAGCAGGCAGACCACUGGAUGACCAAGCUAUCAGAGUGGAAGAAGAAGGCACAAACAAGGUUUACACAAAAUCAUGAUACCAUUAAAGAUUUGCAGAGCAAACUUGAACUAAACAGUAGCCAAGCCAGUAAAAAAGAUGAUGAGCUGAAUAAGCUGAAAGAGGAGCUGGCUAAACAAAGCAAGAAUCUAGAUAGUUUGAAAAGUAUAUUGGAACAAAAGCAGAACCAGAGGGAAAAGCAAGAGAGUGAGUUGACUGCAGAGUUAAAAAUCCAAGCAGCAAGAAUUGCUGAACUGGAAGAACACAUUACUCAGAAAACUUCAGAAAACAGUUCCUUGAUGGAGGAACUUAAAAAGCAUAAUGAACAAAAAGUCACAGAACAGAAGGAGAUAGCCUGGCAACUUCAGGAGGCAGAGAAGGUGGCUUUUGAAAAGGACAAUAGGUUUAAGGAGGCUGAGGAAAAAGUGCUUAAUCUUGAGAAGAAAAUAGGUUCAUUGGAGGCUGAAUUUGAAGCAAAGGAAAGGGAAUUUGAACAAACUAAAUCAGCAAUACUUAAAAGCAGAGAGGAAGAACUGAAAAGUCUAGAAGAGAGACUGAAUGCAGAGAACAGCACAAAGUUAGCAGAUCUGAAAAAGAAGGCAGAGCAAAAAAUUGGUUCUAUUAAAAAGCAAUUGAUGUCUCAAAUGGAAGAAAAGGAACAGCAACUUAAGCAAGAUAGAGAAAAUCAGUUAAGAGACUUGGAACAAAAAGUGCAGGAAAGAGAAGCCAAAAUUGAGUCCUUGGAAGAAAAAAUCAAGUCAACAAGAGAUUCUGCAGAAUUAGAGGAGGAAAUCCAGCAAAAAGUAGAGAGUGUAAAAGCUGCUCUAGAGCAAGAAAAGAAUAAAAUGCUUGAGAGUGUCCAACAGACAUAUGAAGAGAAAAUACGUGUGUUAGAGAAGGACUUACUGGAAAAAAAUGAAUUGUUGCAGAAGUAUGAAAAGGAACAAAGAGAGAGUAAUGACUGUCAUCUAGAACUGCAAAACAAACAGGAAGAGCUCUUCAAAAAAUUGGAAUGUGUUGAGAAGAGACUUCAAGAGGAACAAUGUGUGACUGAAAGCCUCAGAAAAGAACUUGAGGAGCAAACUAAAAAAUAUUUGGUGUUAAGGGACGAGCAUGGUCGUUGUGAUGGUGAGUUAGCAAGCAAUAAGGAAGAAUUAAAAGCUAAAGAACAAAAACAUCUAGAUAUGGAGAAUAUUCUUGGAGAUAUCCAGAAAAGAUUACAGGAAAAGGAGACAGUCAACCAAUCUUUAGAAGAGAAGAUAAGAGAGUUGGAAAAUAACCUAGUGAAGGAAAAGGAAGUGCACAAGACUGAGAUGGAAGAUACAAGUUUGAGCUAUGAAGAAAAACUAAAAAGUUUACAACAACAGUUGGAUGAAAAAAAUGACUGCCUGAAAGCUUUUGAAGAAGGUGUUGAAGAAAAGACUAAAUCCCACGUGGAGCUGCAGAGGUUACUGGGUGAUAUGCAGACCCAGCAGAAGGACUUGCAAGCUAAACUGGAAGAGACUGAAAGGGAGAAACAGAAACUGCGCAAAGAUGUGAAUAAUCUUCAAAAAGACUUACGUACUCUGCGAAAAGAGCAUCAGCAGGAACUUGACAUAGUUAAGAAGGAGUCCUUAGAAGAAAUGGAGGAGAAAAUCAGAUGUGAACAAGAAGACAUUGAAUUAAAGCACAACUCCACCUUAAAGCAGUUAAUGAGAGAGUUCAAUACUCAGCUGGCUCAAAAAGAGAGGGAGUUGGAAACCGCUGUAAAAGAGACAAUCAGUAAAGCCCAGGAAGUAGAAACUGAAUUGAUAGAAAACCACCACAUAGAGACAACACAGUUGCAUAAAAAAAUUGCAGAAAAAGAUGAUGAUCUAAAAAGAACUGUGAAAAAAUAUGAAGAAAUUCUCGAGGCUCGUGAAGAGGAAAUGACAGCAAAAGUUCAUGAGUUGCAGGCACAGUUAGAAGAAUUGCAAAAGGAGUACAAACAAAGGAUGGAAGAAGUGGAGCAUCAAAACAGUGAAGUAACUAUAGCAGGACUUCAGGCACAGCUUGCACAGAAGACAACACUCGUCAAUGAUUCAAAGUUGAAAGAGCAGGAGUUGAGAGAGCAGAUUCAUGUACUGGAAGACCGACUGAAAAAUUAUGAGAAGAACACGUAUGUCACAGCAGUUGGAACACCGUACAGAGAUGGAAACCUUUGCCAUACUGAUGUUUCCCUCUUCGGAGAGCCUACUGAGUUUGAAUACUUGAGGAAAGUGCUGUUUGAAUAUAUGAUGGGUCGUGAGACAAAGACAAUGGCCAAGGUUAUAACGACAGUACUGAAAUUCCCAGCUGAUCAAACUCAGAAGAUACUAGAACGAGAAGAUGCUCGACCAUUGUUUGCCUCACCUCGCAGUGGUAUCUUCUGAAUAUGCCAUGAGGCUGUGCUUAGUUAGCAUGUGGUCAUGGCUACGACCAUCUUGAAGAAAUAGUGAUGAUAAUGUCUUAUGACAGAGCUGCUUAGAAAUAUGUCCGUAUCUCUGUUGUUGUUCCUUGAGAAUGGGCAAGAAGAAAAGCUGCUAUUUGAAGUCACAAAUGGAGCAGCAAGAACCAAAACUCAGCACCACCUUUGGACCAUGAAUAUAGUUAAAAUUUGCCUUGACAAGAAAUGCUAAUCAGGGGUUAUCUGGUGAUGAGCCUUUUUUCUCUUCUAUUGAAUAUUGUCUUCUAUUUUGUUUUAAAGGUUAUUUUUUUAAAGGAGAGAAAAAACUUCAUCCUAGGAAGGAAUUUCCCACUACUGUGUCUCUAUACAGGUUUCACUGGGUGUUUUUUAAGAGUUGAACUAAAUGGUUUGUCUCUUCUAUUUAUUUUUUUAUUUUUGAAUGAAUUGUGCAAUACAUUUUGGAUGGGUAGCAGUUGGGGUGAAUUUCCUGAUGAACUAGGCACUCUUGUUUAACUACUCCUCCCGAUUUGAUCUUCUAAUUGUUUGCUAAAGGUCACUUCUAUAUGCUUUUGCCUACAAUAAAUCCAAAUUGCAGUACCUCAUUUUGUUUACUCUUAGCUUUUGUACUUAUAUUUUCUGGAGAAAAAAAUACAUUACUGUAAAUUGUAAAUAGUUAAUACAUAACUGUAUCAUAUGCUGAUCUGUGACUGUUGACAGCACUAAUCUGACAGAGACUGAGAUAAAAUAAAGUUUAUUUACUGUAUAAUUUUGGAA